GGUCGACCUACGAUGAACUUAAGACGCCAUUGGAGAUAAGGAGAUUGAAUGCCAAAGUAGGAUAAGGACCCUGAAGAGCGGGGUGUCAGGGGAGAGGGAAGCUCUAGUUAUUAUAUACAUUGCUUCUCGAGCUAUCAUGACACUUUCAACGUACUUCUUUAAUACGACAAGAGCGUCCUAUACCAUUACAGUCAAUUGAGCGUUAACGUUCAAUAACUUGCCCCCUUCAUAACGUCCGAGAGCCAUCAUGCCUCUCAAUGCAAGUGCUAUAUAUCCCGCUUCGGACCCGGAAUUUAUAUCUUAUCCCAGUCGCCGAAGUGUAGUGCACAGCACCCAUGGAAUGGUGGCGUGCACUCAGCCUUUGGCCGCGCAGGCUGGGCUGAGAAUACUACGAGAGGGAGGCAAUGCUGCUGACGCAGCCGUAGCAGUCGCUGCCGCGCUGAACAUGACAGAGCCAUCUUCUACCGGCAUUGGAGGAGACAUGUUUGCCCUUUUUUACGAUAAAGAAUCCCGCAAAGUCCGUGCACUCAAUGGCUCUGGCCGAUCUGCCUCAAAUGUUACUCUCGAAGGAAUCCGCAAAGAGCUCGGUAUAGCUCCCAACGAGAGCGGUAAAAUUCCCAUGACGAGUGUGCAUUCUGUUACAGCUCCUGGAGCUGCAGCUGGAUGGGUAGACACGGUUGAGAAAUUUGGUAGCGGCAAAGUGACCUUGUCCCAGAUCCUCGCGCCGGCUAUCGAACUUGGCGAAGAGGGUUUCCCUGUGUCUGAGCUCUCAUCAACAUUCUGGCGCGCAGGAGAACGCAUGCUUCGAAAUGCAUCACCAAAUUUUGCCGAAAUGCUUCGUCCAGACCCUAGCUCCCCUGAUGGCUUCAGCGCUCCUAAGCCCGGGCAGUUGAUGAAAAAUGUCAAUUUAGCACAUACAUUUCGACUGCUUGGCGAGAAAGGCAAAUCGGGAUUCUAUGAAGGCUUCGUAGCAGAGUCCUUGAUCAAAGUCGUCCAGGACCUUGGCGGACAUUUAACUCUCGACGACCUUAAGAAACAUAUGGAACACGGGAGUGAGGAAGUUGAACCAAUAUCGCUCAAAUUCAAUGGACAAGAUAUUGGCACGGCCCAAAGCCAACACAUCGAUGGGGAGGACGAAACCUCGUCACACUCUCAGGGCGUAGAAAUCUGGGAGCAUCCCCCGAACGGGCAGGGAAUAGUCGCAUUAAUGGCACUCGGGAUUCUUGAAGAACUUGAACGCACUGGCAAGAUUCGAAAAUUUCAAGAACAUGAGCAUAACUGCGCAGAAUAUCUUCACGCCGUUGUUGAAUCUCUGCGAAUCGCCUUCUCCGACGCUGCAUGGUGGGUUACUGACCCAGACCCAGCCUUCUCCCCCGUCACGCCAGCUCAGCUCAUUUCCCGAUCCUAUCUCUCCUCACGCGCCAAACUCUUCGAUCCAAAACGUGCCUCGCCGCCAUUGUCUCAUGGCGAGCCCUCUCCCGCCCAUCAGCACUGCGAUACCGUCUACUUUGCCGUCACUGACUCACAAGGGAACGGGAUCUCCUUUAUUAACAGCAAUUACGGGGGGUUCGGAACUGCUGUUAUCCCGCGUGGAUGUGGGUUCACUCUCCAAAAUCGUGGAGCCAACUUUGUUUUGUCUCCGCCGACGCACCCAAACAUAUUCGCUCCGAACAAGAGACCUUAUCACACGAUUAUCCCCGCCCUGGUGACAAACCCCACGGACAACUCGUUGCAUACCGUCUAUGGUGUCAUGGGAGGCUUCAUGCAGCCACAGGGCCACGUCCAGGUCUUGCUGAACAUGUUGGCCUUCAAAUACAACCCGCAAGCAGCUCUAGAUGCACCCCGCAUCUGCAUCGGUGCAGGCACGCCCGAGCAGGGCAAGACCCUCGAUCGUACAGUCUAUCUCGAGGAAGGUAUUUCCGAGGAAACAGCCAACGAAUUAAAGGAAUUAGGCCACGAGGUAGAAAUUGUGAAAGGCUGGGAGCGCGGCCUGUUUGGCAGAGGACAAGUCAUAAGGGCGCAUUACGAAGACGGAAAAGUCGUGUAUAGUGCUGGAAGUGAUCCAAGAGGUGAUGGGGCCGCGAUACCACUAUGAAGGACUUACCACAGGAUUAUUAUAUAGAGUAAUUGUACGUAAUGUUUCCAGUAGUGUGGUUGGUGGCCUAGG